GCCGCCUUCUUCCAAUAUUGUCAAACAUAGAAGUUCCGGGACUUUUGCAUACAUUUUAUUUUUCUUUAUUGUUUAGGUCACUGUGCCCCUGAGCUUGUCAUGGUUCAUCAUGUCUUCAAGGCGACCUUCUAAUACUAUUCUCAUCGUCGUUGGAAUUGUUUUGAUUUCUGCAUUCGUUGGUUUCGGUGUUAAAAAUGAUACGAAUACUCAGCCAUUUUCAUUUGGCAAGGACAGUAAAAAAUCCUCACCCGCAGGCGGGUGCAUCGACGAUGUGUACAAUAGCACUCUAGGGUUCGAGAAUAUCUUCGUGAUCGGCUUACCGUCCAGAACCGACCGGCGCGACAGUUUGGUGCUUGCAUCUGCGCUGAGCAACAUAAAACUCGAGUUCGCCGAUGGCGUUUUGGGAGAGACUGUUCCAGAUAAGGCUCUGCCAAUCGGGAAAGUUGGCCAGGAGCGGCCGGCCAACCCCGUCAUUGGAUCUUGGCGGGGACACAUGAACGCGAUCCAGGAGGUUGUACGGCGGAAUCUCUCGUCUGCCUUGAUCAUGGAAGAUGAUGCGGACUGGGAUGUUCGGCUGCGAAAGCAGCUCCGAGCAUUUGCACUGUCGUCUCAAGCCUUAACGCAACCCUUGCAGGGUACCAAGAGCGUCUAUAUGGAUACAUCGUAUCCCCGGUCGCAAAACAAGCAGGCAGUAGCGACAGAGCUUCAUCUCGACAACCUGCCACAUACGAUAAAUCCAAGCAUAUCGCCUUAUGGCGAUGAGUGGGAUGUGUUGUGGCUAGGCCAUUGCGGUAUGCACUUCGCAAGCGAUAAACUUGACACCCCGAGUGGUCUUGUUGUGCAUGAGAACGAUGAGACCGUACCGCAGAAACAGCAUCUUUGGACCCUCUCUAACCCCAACGAUGUAAAGGAGUUGUAUCCAGAGCAUACUCGUGUGGUUCAUCAUGUCGAGGACGGCGUAUGCUCAUUGGUCUAUGCAGUGUCACAGAAAGGUGCUCGCCAGAUGCUCUAUGAAGCCGGACUUAAGAACUUCGAUGCAGCAUUCGACAUCAUCUUGAGGUGGUUCUGUGAGGGCACCGGGGGAAGAAGACCACAUACCUGUCUGACUUCAUCGCCCGGACUAUUUCAGCAUCACAGGCCGAAAGGGCCGAAGAGUGGAAACAGUGACAUCUCGGAUCACGGAGAUGGAUUUCAGGACAAGGCUUAUACAGAUGUGGUCAGAUGGAGCGUGAGACUGAAUGCUGAGGCUAUCAUGGCGGGUGAGCCGCUAGUAGACCAGUACCCUGACGCAUGAAAAGCGAAAUUUACCAGAGCUCUUCGACAAAAGCAUCUUCACUUAUAGCUGAAAUAUCACAACAUGUUACUGUCUUGCAGUUCUUCAAUAAUAUGACCAGACUGAUUGAGGAGUACUUGAGUAGAUCAUUAUUCGAAAAAGACAGGGUGGUUACUCUAGAUGGUGAGGUUGGGUGAUGGGCAAGCACAAAGAUUUCCACUUUAUGUAGCUAGAAUACAAACAUGUCAUGCUAUCAGCUGUGAAAGAGACGCACAUGGAAGCGAUUAUGGCUAUGGG